CACAGAGAAACCUUGUCUCGAAAAACCAAAAAAAAAAAAAAAAUUGGCGUUUUGCUUGCCUCUAUGUUUGUGUGCCGGGUGUUCAGGGAUACAGAAAACAAAAUCAAGACAAAACAAACCCCAGCAAGCAUAAAGCAAAAACAGCUCCCAUCGCAAUAAUAAUAUCUAGAGUGAUGUCACCACGGAGUUACUCAACUAGGCAGCUACAUGCAUUCCUGAGCUUCAAGUAUACGGUGCAGAUCGAGUUGGGCAAAAUGGGUUUCCAGAGAAGGCUGGCUGUAAAUGGGCUGCAGUUGGUGUGUGAAAGAAUUUGAAAACUAGAGAAAUUAAGUUAGUGAAGAGGAAAGGGCUUAACGAGACAACCCAGGGUGCUUGUCCCGACACACGCCCAUGAGGAAAGCUGGGGUGUCCUCCAAAUGCCUUUUUCUUUGGAGUAGCUGGGCAGCUCUUCCCUGGAUGUUUAAUUUCUUCCCAGGGUCCUGUGUUCUCUGGGUGUCUCAGCCCCUUGAGAUACGUGUCCAAGAGGGCACCCCUGCUCUCCUGCCCUGCACCUUCAAUGCCAGCCGAGGGACAGCGGCCAUCGGCUCCGUCACAUGGUACAAAGACAAAGUGACCCCGGGGAUGGAGGUGAGCAACGUGACCCCCGAGUUCAGAGGCCGUGUGGCCUCUUUUGCUGCCAUCCCCCAGUUCAUCAGGGACCACAAGGCAGAGCUGCUCAUACAGGACGCCCAAAGCCGUGACACCGGAACCUACGUGUGCAGCGUGGAGGUGCUAGGCCAGGGCAUCGGGACAGGGAACGGGACUCGGCUGGUGGUGGGGAAAGAAUCUCAGCAAGCCUCCAGUUCAGAACAGAUGCCCCACACAAGCCUCCUCCUCCGGGCUGGAUUCUAUGCUCUCGGCUUUCUCUCGGUGGUCAUAGGCAGCGCCCUCUAUUAUCAGGGCCAACGCUCCUGUCACACGGGAACCCUCGGCACCCCUCCCACAGCCUGUGAGGAGUGAUUCUAACCCUCAGAGACCAACAAUAAAUCGGUAUCAGCUCCUCACUCCUA